AUGAACGAUAAAACUUGGAGAGUCAAGCUAUAUGAGCUUUCCAGUGAAGGCCAAUGGGAAGAUCUGGGAAUCGGUGAAGCCAAAAUAUCAGACAAUUUUUUUGAAAUUUUCAGCGAGGAUGACAACACAUUUCUGCUUGGUUACCAAGUCGGUGAUGAAGUUUACAGCAGACAGGACGACUCAAUUAUAACAAUUUCUUACAAUAACAGGUGCUAAACUUUUUUCUCUGGACUUUUGGCUAGUGAGAUAUUAUCUUUAGGACAUCUGGUCGAAAUUUUUCCCUCGUGAAUUAUCGAAAUUUGAAACUUUUUUCUGACUCCAUCCCUUUGUGAGAGAACAAAAAAAUUUUGCUCAUCACCGAGCGGGUUAAUUUUUUUUUUUAAAAAAAAUUAUAUAGAUUUAUAGUAAAAUCCCAAUUCGCAAAAUUUGAAAAAUAAAUUAAUUUAAUUUAUAAAAUUUAUGCUUUAAAAUGCAAGCUGUUUAAAAUUAAGCCGAAUUAGCUAGAAAUUCUAUUAUAAUUAUAUAUUAAAAUAUUUUUUUUUAAAUAAUUUUUGAUCACUAACAUACUAUGGGUUUUUGGGCAAAAAAUAGCUAUUUUUCCAAUUGUUUAGCUUCCUCAUGAAGGGGAGUGAGCAGAUGCCUCAUGAGGAAAAAAUUGUGGCCAAAUUUUAAGGAAUGUCUCUAGCAAAAAGUCCCGACUAAAUGUUAUAGAGCCGCAAUAAUCAUUGCACGUACGCUGUAAGUUUUCAAGACCCUGUUGGUGCCCAAAUAACAUGAGAAAAUUUUUUAUCUAUACAAGGGCGGGAUCCAAAUAUUCAGAAAAUUCAAGCAUUGCCACAGCCAAAUGAAGAGAAUUUGACUGAAGUUAUUGAGAUUUUAAGCGAUUUAAAUGCUUCAAAUCGGGCCAAUAAUACUCAAGCUAUAAUAAAUGAUGGGUUUAUUAGAAAGCUUAGCCAAGAGUUCCAACUGUCAAAAAGCAAAGAAAACAAAGAAAUUCUGGAAAAAUUCUUUUUGGUAUACUUUUUAAUAUAGCCCAAGCCAAAAAGAAGCUCGUCUAUAUCAUUAAUAUAUAUAAAUAUAGAAAAGAACCUUUUGUAGAAUUAAUUUUAAAAAGAAUAUACAAAAUCCUAUUACAAUUUUCAGAUAAUUCUAUAUUAGAAGACCUUCUUUCUGAUGAGAAUUUUUUCUCAUUUAUUGGAGCAAUGGACUAUGACCCAUCUGUAAAAUGCACACAAUAUUUACAAAUGUUUAAAAAUGACGUAAAGUUUAUUAACCCACUCAAUAUAACUGACAAAGAUUUUUUGGCUAAAAUUCACGCUGCUUUUAGGCUAGGAUUUUUAAAGGAGUCUCAGUCUUCUAGAGGGCUUGAAGAGUCAACUGUAUAUUUCUUGUCAAGUUACCAAAUAUAUGAGUUUAAUGAAAUUAUUAGCUGUUUUAUAGACUCAGGAAAUAUACGAGCUAGUCUUAUAUUGAAACUCAAAGCAAAAGAUUUUAAUUCAGUUUUAUUCUUUUAUGAGCUUAUAAAUAUUGCUAAAUCAGCAAAUAUUGCGAUUAGAUCAAAAUUUUAUGAUACAAUUGUAGCAGAUGAUAUUUUAGAAAUAAUAGAAGAAAAUUGAAGCAAAAAUGAAUGGACUGAGGAGCAAAAAAUAAAGUUUAGAGGAAUGGUUGCUGAAUUUUUUUUAGGAAUUAUGCAAAUAGAGUCUGAGACUAAUUUUGGCCCGGGUUAUGCCAAUUUCUUCCGAUGUCAGCUUUAUUUGCUAAAAAUACAUACGCAGGCGACAAAUUUAUUUACUGCUGAGAUUUUACUAUCUGGGAGGCGGCUUUAUCAAAAAAUGGUUUUCAACUCCAUGCGGUUAUAGAUCAAACCAAAAGGAAAAUCGGGCUAUAUCACCUUUUAUUAUGAAACAGUUUUUCUAUGAAUCCUGCAAAAAGUCACCUGAUAUCCCAUUUCUUGCUGAUUUCUGCAAAGAAAUGAUAUGCUUUAAUUUAUUAACUCUAAAAAAAAUCAUCACAUUUCUGGGUAGAAAUGAUCUAUUUAAUAAAAAAUCCUAAAAUAUCAAUCUUAAUCUAAUACAAUACAAUUCUCCUGAAAUUAGCUCAUUGCAGCUCAUAGGUGAAUUUUUAAGAAAUUUAUUGGACGGAGAUGAAGAUCAAAGCUCAAACUCCCUUUACGAAAUUUUAUAUGACACUGUUUUAUAUGAAUUCAUCAAAAAGUUCUCAGCAGAUGCAAACAUCAUUACUUCUUCAAGAGACAAUAUUUUUGAAAUUUUGUCUAUACUAAGCCAAUGCGUCCAAAGCCACAGCUGCCGAAUCCGAUAUUUUUUAAUUUUCCACGAAGUCAUACAAAAAGUUGUAAGCCUCUUAGAAAUCCCAGACAAUCCUCUAAAAAUUGCUAUUUUAAGAUUUUUCCGUACAGUUAUAGAGAAAAAUGACCAAUUCAUAAAUCGCUUUAUUAUCUCUCGGAACUGCUUUGCCAAAAUUUUUCAAGUUUUUAUAGAUAAUGGUGAAAAAGAAAACAUGGUUUUUCAUUCAAUUUUGGCUUUAUUUGAGUCUAUAAGAAAAACAAAUUCCCCUAGCCUAAUAGAGCACGUCAUAACAAAGCAUGUAGAAAAUAUAGAAAACGUAAAGCUAAAGAGCUGCUUUGAGGACUUAAUAAAUGCUUUUGACAAGCAGAAAAGUCAAGGAAUUUCAUCUCCGAAUAGUCUGAAACUAAAUCCUACAGAACUUGCGAGUGAUGAAUCAUUUUCAAGUCCUUUGGGCUUUGAAAGUGAUGAAGAAAACGAAAAAGAAUUCAAGCCGAUGAAAAGAAAAUGUGAAGGAAGCGAAGAUGAGAUUCAAAAAAGAUUUAAAGGAGAAAUCAGUGAAGAAUUUAUGAUAUAA